CCUAGGAAAUGACGUCAGUGCGGGGAAUAUGGCGUCUGCAAUGGAUAUGGAAUCUACAGACAAACAGUAUAUUGAUAUCAAGUUAAAAUAAAGACUAAUUAAAGCCGCGGUGGAAUUGUAAAUGGACGAUAAGGAAUCUUCGGCCAUGUUUUUUUAUUGUCCUUUUUCUUGAUCUCGGAUAUAAACCCGCAACACAUGUCAGAAGAAGCCAGGUCUGCCUGGUCAAAGAGGGGUUGUGGGGACUCGCAGCGCCGAGAAUGUUUUUCUCUGUCUCUAGAUCAGGGCAAACAUAAACAGAGGAAAUGUGAGCGUCCCCUCAGCCUGCUGUCAGCUAAGCUCGAGACUGGCCUCGAGGCCCCCAAAAGGUGUGUGAUGUCGGGGGGGGAGGUGGAGAUGUACCUGUCCCAGGUGCAUGAUGGGAGCGUGUCCUCAGGGUUUCGGGCGCUCUACGAGGAGAGACUCCUAUUGGAUGUCACGCUGCUCAUAGAGGAACACCACUUCCAGGCUCACAAGGCCCUGCUAGCGACCCAGAGUGACUACUUCCGGGUCAUGUUCACAGCAGACAUGCGAGAGAGAGACCAGGACAAGAUCCACAUGAAGGGGUUAACAGCUGCCGGCUUCGGCCACGUACUGAGGUUCAUGUACUACGGUUCACUGGAGCUCAGCAUGGUCACUGUGCAGGAGAUACUACAGGCAGCCAUGUACGUCCAGCUGACAGAGGUGGUAGAGUUCUGCUGUUCCUUCCUGCUGUCUAAGAUCUGUCUGGAGAACUGUGCUGAAGUGCUGAGGCUGCUGGAGGACUUCAGCGUGGGGGUGGAGGGUGUGCAGGAGCAGCUCGACAACUUCCUGCUGGAGAACUUUGUUCCUCUGAUGAGCAGACCUGACUUCCUGUCUUACCUCAGCCUUGAGAGACUGCAGGCGUACCUGGACAGUGAUGCCCUGAGUCGGUUCCCAGAGAUAGAGCUUUAUGAGUCUGUCCAGGCCUGGCUACGACACGACCGCCGCCGCUGGAGACACACAGACACUGUCGUCCAGUCUCUACGCUUCUGCCUCAUGACUGCCGUUAAUGUCUUCGAAAAGGUGAAGACGUCAGAGUUCUAUCGUUACUCUCGACGGCUGCGUCAGGAGGUAGACCAGGCUCUCGGCUACUUCCACGACGUCAACGAGCAGCCGCUGGUCGAGACGCGGUCCAACCGCAUCCGCUCAGUCCGACCACAGACCGCCGUGUUCAGGGGCAUGAUCGGACACAGCAUGGUCAACAGCAAGAUCCUACUGCUGCACAAACCCAAGGUGUGGUGGGAGUUGGAAGGUCCCCAGGUCCCUCUCCGUCCAGAUUGCUUGGCCAUCGUCAACAACUUUGCCUUCCUGUUGGGUGGGGAGGAGCUAGGGCCUGACGGGGAGUUCCACGCCUCCUCUAAAGUCUACCGUUACGACCCCCGCCAGAACUCCUGGCUACGCAUGGCCGACAUGUCUGUACCCAGGUCAGAGUUUGCAGUGGGGGUCAUUGGUAAGUUCAUCUACGCUGUUGCUGGCCGGACGCGGGACGAGACGUUCUACUCCACGGAGCGCUAUGACAUCACGGCGGACCGCUGGGAGUUUGUGGACCCAUACCCGGUCAACAAGUACGGUCACGAGGGCACAGUCCUAAACGGUAAACUCUACAUCACAGGAGGAAUCACAUCCUCAUCCACCUCCAAACAGGUGUGUGUGUUCGACCCUGGGAGAGACGCAGGGGGAGGGGUGUGUUUAGCGGGCUCCGGGGGAGCGGGAACGACGGACACACACAGGACGCGCUCAGCUCGCACCCCCAUCCUCCCCAGCACACACACCAGCUGCUGGGAGAACAAGUCGAAGAUGAACUACGCUCGCUGCUUCCAUAAGAUGAUCUCCCAUAACGGGAAGCUGUACGUGUUCGGGGGGGUGUGUGUGAUCCUCCGGGCGUCAUUCGAGUCGCAGGGCUGCCCAUCCACAGAGGUCUACGACCCUGAGACAGAUGAGUGGACCAUCCUGGCAUCGAUGCCCAUCGGGCGCAGUGGGCAUGGUGUGGCGGUGCUGGACAGACAGAUCAUGGUGCUGGGGGGCCUCUGCUAUAAUGGACACUACUCUGACUCCAUCCUCACCUUCGACCCCGACGACAACAAGUGGAAGGAAGACGAGUAUCCCAGGAUGCCUUGCAAACUGGACGGGCUGCAGGUGUGCACUCUACACUUCCCUGAGUACGUCCUGGAGCACGUCCGGCGCUGCAGCUGAGGUCUGGUUCAGUUCAGACAUGCUCCUUUUUAAGGUUUGGGAAUGUCCCCCUUUUUAAGACAGACUCCUCCCACAGGCUCCAGACGGCAGAUGUGGGUCGGGCGGUGGAGGAUAGGUGUUUACAGGUGUGACACUAACGCUCUAAUUACACAGAAGCUUUUCAACUAGAGACACAGAAUGGACUAAGCAGUCUCAAAAACCCGAUCCUAGGCAACACCAUGACUAUGGUCUGGUUUUAAUGAUGGACGCUUUUGGCAUAGUGGAACUACGUCACUACCUACGCCGAUAAGGGAAAAUAAAUAUUUUGGGGAUUAGCCCAGCAAAUCGCGAGGCAGACAUGCCAGAACAUCGAGAUUCAAAUCCAAAGUUUGCAGGCAAAACCUUUGCAGUGGUUUUAUUUAUUUAAGUGUAAAUCCAUUUGAAUUCAAUCACUUCUUGACAGCAUCCCUUUUGAUUUGAACGAAACCUUCAUAUACAUUUUUACAUAUUUUAUAAGUGUUCAGAAAGUGACUUUGUGGACCUGAAUUUCAAAACAUUCAAGAGAUAAAUGUACUCAAAGUUAACCCAUUUUGCAUAUGUACAGUUGAAGUCAGAAGUUUACAUACACCUUAGCCAGAUACAUUUAAACUCAGUUUUUUU